GACACUCCCGACUGUCGGUAAUUUUACAUUUCAUUCUUCUGCCUUCUACUUAAUAAUAGUGCUUUGUCGCCAUUGUCAUUUGAUUUAUGCUAGUUAACAGAUUUAUUUAAAAAUGAGUUCAAGUGAAGAAGAUUAUCAGGGAUUUUCCAUAACAAUGGACAAAUCGCAGCAGGCCUCUACAAGUUCCCAUGGGAAAAACGAUACAGAUACACCCACAAAAAAAAGAAAAUAUCGUGACGAGUUAAGUGUGGACGAAAAACAAAAAGUUUUCAAAAGGAAGUUCCAUUCAGAUUGGAAAAAUGAGGAAGAAUUUAAAGGGUGGCUCUGUGAAGUGCCAAAUGAACAAGGAAAAUUCAAAUGUCAAUUGUGCAAUUGUAUUCUUUCACUAAGAGCUGGAAAACAGGAAGUAGUUAAGCAUGCUAAUUCAAAAAAGCAUUUAGCUAAAAUCAAUGCGAGAAAAUCGACACCAUCGGUUAAAAGCAUGUUUCAAGAAUCCCAGACAGCAACUUCAAUAAAGGACGAAAUUGCGACAGCCGAGAUUCGUAUUAGUGCUUUUUUCGCAGAACACAAUAUUGCUGUUUCUGUAGCCGAUGAUCUCGUAGAUUUAAUUAAAGUCACCUGCAACAAACCUGAUGUUAAAGGAAUAUCACUUGCAAGAACAAAAACAACGAAAGUGAUAAAUAAUGUAUUAUGCAAAGUUGAAACAAGUGAACUAAUUUCAAUCUUGAAGGUAAUUAAGUUUAGCAUUUUAGUAGAUGAAAGCACAGACUUAAGUAUGGAUAAAUACCUAUGUAUUUUAGUGAGAUAUGUUUGUCCCGAAUCAGGUAAUUUAAUGACUAAAUUACUUAAAAUGUUGAAAUUAGAAGCAACUGAUACCACAGCAGAAAAUAUUUACAGACAGUUUAAACAAUUUUUCAAGGCAUGCGAUAUUCCUUUAACUAACAUUAUUGGGUUAGCUUCUGACGGAGCGAAUGUAAUGUUGGGUAAGCACAAUUCCUUUAUGACAAGAUUGAUGGCUGAUACAAAAGUAUUAGUUGUUUUGAAAUGUAUUUGCCAUAGUGCAGCUAUAAUAGCAAGUACUGCAUGCAAUGUUUUACCUGCAGCUCCUGAGGAUUUAUUACGGGCCUUAAGCUCAUAUGUAUCCGCUAGUGGUAAACGAUCUGCUCAGCUAGCCGAAUUACAGGAGUAUCUGAAUAAUUCUAAAAAAAAAUUUUAA